GCUGGUAGCUAGUAAGGUUUUAGAGAGGUUUGUUUGAUUGAUUUCCUUCCUAGUUCAGCUCUCUCCUCCUCUCUCCUCCUGUCUUCUCUUCCACCCCUACCCUUAUCUCCACUCUCCCUCCACAACAAAAAUGGCUUCCACGACCACUUUCUCUAUUCAACACCCAACAUGGACAACAUCAAAACAUCCUAAGUUUCAUAAACCCUACAAAAACCUCCAUUUCCUCUCUAACCCAACUUCUCAUUCUCUUUCCAAUCCUUCUUCCAUCUAUUCCUCUUCUUUCCCUCUCAGUCCCAAAUUCUCUCUUCUAAACCCACCACUUCCAUUUCACCCUUUGCAUGAUUCUUCUCAUGACCGUCUCCUUGAAGACUUUGAAAUCCCCACCAUUUGUAGCCACCAAAAGCUUGAAACUUUGAUCAAAUUUGACCAAAUUAUGCACGGAGAGUCUUCGAAAAGGGUUUUCAUUCAAGACCCACCUUGGAUUUCUGCUCAUUUUUGGAAGGGUAUGUAUAAAAUAGCCAAUAAAAAGGUGAAGGUAGAGUUCAAGGAUAUUGAGAAGAGGAAGUAUAAUUUGUUGAGGAGGCGGCAAAUUAGGGAAGAGACUGAAGCGUGGGAGAGAAUGGCUGAUGAGUAUAGGGGGUUGGUGAGGGAAAUGUGUGAGAGAAAGUUGGCACCAAACUUGCCUUAUGUGAAAGGUUUGCUCUUGGGGUGGUUUGAACCAUUGAAAGAGGCUAUAGAGAAGGAGCAGAAAAUGGAGAAAUCCAAGAAGCAGAAGUCGGCAUUUUCUCCCAAUAUUGAAUUGUUACCUGCUGAUAAAAUGGCAGUCAUUGUUAUGCAUAAGAUGAUGGGGUUGUUGAUGGUGGGGCAUGAAGAUGGGUGCGUCCGGGUUGUCCAGGCUGCAGUGCAGAUUGGCAUGGCUAUAGAGCAGGAGGUUAGAAUUCAUAAUUUCUUGGAGAAGACCAAGAAUUACCAAAGGAAGAAGACAAUGCAUGAAGUUCAAGAGACCAUGGACAAGGAGAAGGAGGUGCUCAGGAAACGUGUAAAUAGUUUGAUUAGAAGGAAAAGGCUCAUGGAGGUGCAAAAUCUGGUGAAACAGGAUGAAACUAAACCUUGGAGUCGAGGUACACAAGCUAAGCUCGGAAGUCGUCUAAUAGAAUUAUUAACUGAAACAGCUUAUGUACAACCUCCUGUUAACCAGUCAGAGGAUAUUCCACCAGAUGUUCGACCUGCCUUUAGGCACAUAUUUAAAACUUUAACAAAGAACCCAGGGCAGAAAAUUGUGAAGAAGUAUGGGGUUAUAGAAUGCGAUCCCCUCAUCCUCACAGGGCUUGAUGGAACAGCUAAGCACAUGCUGAUUCCUUAUUUUCCAAUGCUGGUGCCUCCCAAAAAAUGGAAAGGGUAUGAUAAGGGUGGGCACUUGUUCUUGCCUUCGUAUGUCAUGCGCACUCAUGGAUCUCGGCAGCAACAAGUUGCAGUCAGGAGUGUUCCUGGGAAACAGAUGCAGAAAGUAUUUGAGGCUCUGGAUACACUCGGAAAUACCAAAUGGAGGGUGAACAGAAGAUUGCUGGAUGUGGUGGAGAGGAUAUGGACAAGUGGUGGUAACAUUGCGGGCCUGGUUGAUAGAGAAGAUAUUCCUAUACCAGAGAAACCAUCCUCAGAUGAUCUAACAGAAAUUCAAAAGUGGAAAUGGAGUGUGAGGAAGGCAAAGAAGAUAAACCAAGAGAGGCACUCUCAAAGAUGUGACACUGAACUUAAGCUUUCUGUGGCUCGGAAACUGAAAGAUGAAGAGGGAUUUUAUUAUCCUCACAAUCUUGAUUUUCGAGGUCGUGCAUAUCCGAUGCACCCACAUUUGACUCAUCUAAGUUCUGAUCUUUGUCGAGGAGUUCUUGAAUUUGAAGAAGGAAGGCCAUUAGGGAAGUCUGGAUUACGUUGGUUGAAAAUACAUCUAGCAAACUUGUAUUCAGGCGGGGUUGAAAAGUUGUCCCAUGAUGGCCGUCUAGCAUUUGUCGAGAACCAUCUAAGUGAGAUAUUUGAUUCAGCAAAAAACCCUGUAAAUGGAAAGCGCUGGUGGUUAAAAGCUGAAGAUCCUUUCCAGUGUUUAGCUGCUUGUAUUAAUCUGUCAGAAGCCUUGAAUAGUGCAUCGCCACAUACUGUCAUCUCCCACCUGCCAAUCCAUCAGGAUGGUUCAUGUAAUGGUCUACAGCACUAUGCAGCCUUGGGAAGAGACAGUCUGGAAGCAGCGGCAGUUAACUUAGUUGCUGCAGAAAAACCUUCGGAUGUUUAUUCAGAAAUUGCUGUUAGGGUCCAUGAAAUAAUUAGAAGGGACAGCAAUAAGGAUCCUGCUACAAACCCACAUGCUUUAUUAGCCAAGAUCCUAGUUGAUCAGGUGGAUCGGAAAUUGGUUAAACAAACAGUGAUGACUUCAGUGUAUGGUGUCACUUAUGUUGGGGCUCGUGAACAGAUAAAAAGAAGAUUAGAGGAGAAGGGUCAUAUUACGGAUGAUAGACUGCUCUUCAGUGCAGCCUGUUAUACUGCUAAAGUGACAUUGACUGCACUAGGAGAGUUGUUCCAAGCUGCUCGUGAUAUAAUGAGCUGGCUUGGUGAUUGCGCAAAGAUUAUUGCUUCAGAAGAUCAGCCUGUGCAGUGGACAACUCCACUUGGCCUUCCUGUUGUGCAGCCUUACUAUAAGACUGAACGACAUCUUAUAAAAACUUCUCUUCAGAUUUUGGCCCUGCAGCGGGAAGGCAGUUCGGUACAGGUUAGAAAACAGAGAACUGCUUUCCCUCCAAAUUUUGUGCACUCGCUUGACGGCUCACACAUGAUGAUGACUGCAGUUGCAUGCCGGGAUGCUGGUUUAUGUUUUGCAGGUGUUCAUGACUCUUUCUGGACCCAUGCAACAGAUGUGGAUGUGAUGAAUAGGAUAUUGCGGGAGAAAUUUGUGGAGCUUUAUAACAUGCCAAUACUUGAAAAUGUGAGUGCAAUGGUGUGUGAUGACCCAGUUUUUCUGUCUGACCAGCUCGACCUAUUAAUUACUUGAAGACUUCCAGACAUCGUACCCAACAUUGCAGUUUCCACCUCUGCCUGAGAGAGGCAACUUUGAUUUGCAAAAAGUUCUUAGAUCUCCAUACUUCUUCAACUGAAUCUUCAUCAAAUGUAAAUCGGAAGCAUCAUCUUUGCAUUUUGCUACUUUUGACCAUGAAGUUGUCAAGUUUUCCAGGCAUAUUGUGCAGAAUUAAACUGAAAAUUUGAAGGAAAGUAGAAGUGGCAAAGAGAAUUCUGAUGCCAUUGGUGAGUUUAUUAUCUUGAAAUCAAAGAUUUUUUUCUCAAGAAACAGUCCCUGCACUUAGUUAUGAUCAGCUCAGAAAGGCCAUUUCUAGUGCAGAGGAUGAAACCCUCCAACUGGCUCAUUCGUGUACACAGAGAAGGAAACUCUUGGUAUGGGUGGAUUAAAAGAGCGUCAGAUUCCUAUUCUAUGGUUAAUUUGGGGAGACUGAUCUUCGAGGGCUGCAUGAUAUGGAUCGAUCAUUCUUGCAAAGGCAUACAACGAGUAUGCUUGGUGCUUGCUGCAUUUUUUUUCUUGUGCUGUGAGCAGAUCACGAGAAACAAGGCUACUUGAUUGUUGUAAGAUCAAGUAAAUCUUAUUUUGCUUAUUCUUUUUUUCUUAUCAUGUACCAUUUCAUCUGUACAUAUACAAGCAUAGUAGACAAGAUCCUGUCAUAUAGCGGGGCCAUGCUAAAUGUAAUUUUCAUAUGCCAAUUGGCAAACCAUGUAGAAGUUCUCUACAUAAUGGAAUGGAAGGAAAUUUCAUAGGUGCA